ACAUGCACGCUGUUAAUUGUCUUAAUAGUAUGUUUGAUCGAUUAGAAGAAGACAUUCAUAAGCCAUCCACCAGCUCGACGUUAACCAACGUAGAGGCUUCUAGUAGUAAAACCAACAAUUAUACAGAUUUUGAAGCUUCUAGUAGCAACACAGAACCUUCUGGAUCAAAAGAUACAGUUCAAUGUUUAGCUUGUAACAAAAAAAUCAUAAAAUCAGAGCUUGAUGAGCAUCUUGAAAAUUGUAUGAGCUUGAGUCAGAUUUUCGACGAUGAAAAUGAACCUGUUGAAGAAGAAACUGAAGCUAAAGAUCUGUUUAACUGUCCGUCUUGUAUGAAGCUUUUUUCAGAAUUGGAAAUGAACGAUCAUAUUGAUGUUUGUUUGAACAUUAGCGACGUUUGACUUGUUUUACUUGUUGUUUGGAACGUGAAGGAUAUUAUUUGUUUUUAUUGUAGUUGAUUUUUGAAAAAGAAAUACUAAAAUAUAUUUUUUUUAUACCGAAA